UUUCAUUUCAAAAUUUCACCUUGACUAAUGAUUAAGAUUUAGCUGGCAGUGAUAGUAUUUCUUGUUUUAUUUUCCUAUCUUAGGCAACAUACAAGAUGUCCCUUGGAACGCAGACGGGAAAGUUGCGGGCUUUGAUUAAUUGGUGGGUCAGAAAAGGAAAGGCUGCUUCGAAAAAAGGAUCCAAGCUGUAUGAUAAAAUAGUGGCAAAGGAGCAUACUCCUCGUGACUUCGACGAAAUGAAAAGAGUUUCCCUGGAGAAAAAAACAUGCUGG